GUCUCUCACUUUCUAUGAAAACAAUUGAAAAGACUAUUUCCAAUAAUAAAAAUUCUUGAGAAAAUGGUAGGGCCAGCUGGGAAUAUAAAGCCCGCCGCAGAACGAUCCCCGCCGCCGCCGGGGAGCAAACCGCAGUCUAUGAAUGCCACCGGAAUGGCUACCGGAAAAGCCGACCAAACCUCACCAAAGUUACCAUCGCCGGGGCAGCAACACACGGGCGUGCUCAACCAGACACGUAGGUUGUCGGUUUGUCCCGCAAAAAUGGCCGUCGGCGGGCUUGCCGUCGCCGUCACCAUAGGCUACUUUACCUUGUAUUCCAACAAGAAGCCGGAAGCCACCGCCAUUGACGUGGCUAGGGUUGCCACCGGCACCGGAACGCCGUCCAACACCCGCCCUCGCAAUUAAUUAAGUUCUUGCGCUUAAUAAUUCAAAGAUACGACCUAAUUGCAUUUUAAUUCGCUCUAAGAUUUUUAUUGUAAUUGGAUUCUAUCCCGGACCCUCGUCUUGCGGGAACGACAAUUUACACAGGGUGCUAUUUUUUUUUUGUUAUUGGAUUGAUUUGUUUGUUGCAAAUUUUAAUAUUUAAUUAAUGUGUUGUAGUAUUUUU